AACAACUUGUUUCCGUGGGGUACGGCACAUUGUAAACCGGAGGUAAGAUUAAAUAGUAACCCCCUGACUUGCGUUUUUUUAACUUGUAAAUUUUAGCGUAACGCCACGCUUUCGGGACACAAUGCAUGAGCCAUAAGAAAGUGACCCGUAAUUUUUUGUCCUUGGCCUCACUGUGCGCACACACACAAGGCGUAUUAAUAUAUAGAUACACCUCAAUGCUUUCUUUUUUUUAAAUUGAAAGAUUACAUAGAAGCGCCUAACUGUUUGCCGCAUGAAGAUAUUAAAUCAUCUUUGACAGCAUUCGAAAUAAAGUUAUGCCAGAGUUUGAAACGUGUGGAGUUGAGAGGAAAACGUGGACGAAAGGUCCCUAUGAUAUUGACAAAAUCGAAUGAAAAGGCAAUUGCACUGCUUAACAAAACAAGAGGUGAAGUGGGUAUUUCUGAAGAAAAUCCUUAUGUAUUUAGUGUACCGACCAGGGGUUCUUUGCAAUUCUUGCGAGGCAAUGAUGCUUUAAGAAAAAAUGUUUCACCUUUAACACUGAAGUGUCCAGAUGCAAUUACAUCAACAAAAUUGCGAAAACACAUCGCAACAUUGAGUCAACUGCUUAACUUGGAAGAACGGGAACUGGAAAUGCUGGCUUCUUACAUGGGGCAUGACAUUAAAGUUCAUCGAGAAUAUUAUAGAUUGCCAGAAGAUACCUUGCAGUUGGCGAAAUGCGGAAAAUCAGUUAAUUUCCUUGGUCCAUAAGGACUUAUGGACCAAGGAAAAUUAACUGAUUUUGCUGGCAAGAGUUUAAAAGACGUUGAGAUCGAUUUGGAAAUCGAUGACAAUGAAUUAGUGCAAGACGACGAGGAUAGUAAAGAAGAAG